CUCGUCAUUGGAUGAUGAUGUCAUGAGCCAUGAUGACUCAGUGAUCAAUACGUCACGUGUGAUCAUGAAGACCAUGUGGGGCCCGCCAGUAUCAUUGAUCAAUCAAUCAUCCACCGCCAUCUUAACCAAGAAAAAAUACUGUUCAGAGAGUUUAUAGCAAUGGGCCAAUGGCCGAGCGACUAUUAUCCAUUUUAAUCAAUUUUUAUAAUAAUCGGAAGUUUACAGAAAAACAAUCGAAAUGUAUGGGUUUUAGUUAAUUUUUGAGAUCAUAUAUUCAGCCAGCAUUGAACGGAUACGAUAUGAAAUAAUUGGUUUUGGACAUUCACCAAAACUGUUGAAAGUACAAGUAAAUUUCCAGACUUCCAGUUUCAUGCACAUUACUAUACACUAGUGCAUGCCUAUAGUUUAGCUGAUUUUGGAAACAGGUAGGUCGUAGACUCGUAGUAAUAACUAACAAGUAGGUGGUAGUAAAUGUAGAACGCAAUAACUAUGCUAAACACACAAAAAUGUUUACCAAUUACCAAACCUGUAGAACAACCAAAUAUCUUUACUAUUUAAGAUGUCCAAGUAGUUUAACUAAGUUUUUCAUGAUUUUUUUUUUUUUUUGAAAAAACUAAUCACAGGAAUUUCAACUUUCAGAUAAAAACAUUCACAAUCGGUAAAGCUUGUUUCAAACUUUCAAUACUCAAAAACAAAACUAUAUAUUUAAAGAAUUUUCAUAAAAUUUAAAAUAAUAUAAAUUAUAAAAAGAUAUUUUAAGCUAAAAAACUUUCAGAAUUAAAUACCCCUAAUAAAACAUAAAUAUUCUGUAUAAUUACAUUUGAGAAAUUUGGGUUGGAAACCUUAUUAGAGAUGUUCUACAAUAAAACAAUCACAAUUUCAAAAACCAUAACAUUAGUAAUAAUAAUUCUUUAUUGAAUAAAUUUUAUAUGUUUUAAAUUAAAUUUUACUAGAAAAUUAAAUUGCAACACCCAGUAAUGUUACUCCCAGCAUUAAAUUAUGUGAAGACAUACAUAUAAACAGAGAUUUUUGUGUAAGAAACAGGUUUUUUGUUUUGUUUUGCGUGCUAACUAAAUUAUACAUUUAUUUAGUGGAAUUUUUGUAUUUUAAGUGGAAAGAGUUUCUGUUUUCACAUUUAAAUAAAUCAACGAUCGUAUAAAUUACAAGAAGAAUUCCACAAACCCCAUAAAAGCUCUUUUUCUUCUCUCUUCUCACUUACUCACACCGAAUCUGUCUCAGAGAAGAACGAAGUAGGUGAAGUCUCCGCCGAGAUAACUCAGUUUCACCGAUGAUCACAUCAUACAUGCAAGAUAACCCAUCAAUGUUUGUGUCUCGAGCUUCCAAGUUCCUACUCUCUGUUCUCGUCUUGAUCCAGCUUCUACCUACUCAACUCCUUGCUCAAAGAUCCAAAUCUCCAUGGCAGACACUCACUGGAGAGGCUCCUCUUGUCAUUGCACGUGGUGGGUUUUCUGGGUUGUUUCCAGAUUCAAGCUUCAAUGCUUACAGUUUCGUAGCGUCCACAAGUGCUCCCGACGCUGUCUUGUGGUGUGACGUGCAACUCACAAAGGAUGGAGUUGGGAUCUGUUUCCCUUAUGUAACCAUGUAUAAUGAUUCUAACGUCCAAGAGGCUUACCCUAAAAAGAAAAACUCUUACCUUCUUAAUGGAGUCCCUACUCAGGACUGGUUCACGGUUGAUUUCACCUCCAGGGAUCUGAACACCGUGUUCUUGACCCGAGGAGUAUUAUCACGGUCAAAUGCAUUUGAUAACACCCAAAACGUGAUUUCAACGGUUCAAGAAGUAGCUUCAGAGUUCAAACCUGCAGGGUUUUGGUUGAAUGUUCAGCACGACGCUUUCUACACGCAGCACAACCUCAGCAUGAGCAGCUUUCUUCUAACAGUAUCCAAGACUGUGAUCAUUGACUACCUAUCUUCCCCUGAGGUGUCUUUCUUCCGGAACAUAGGUGGCCGGUUUGGUAAAACCGGACCAAAGUUUGUAUUUAGGUUUCUAGACAAAGAUGACGUUGAGGUGUCGACUAAUCAAACCUAUGGAUCUCUCAUGAAAAACCUAACAUUCAUCAAGACCUUUGCUUCUGGUGUUCUUGUUCCCAAGUCUUACAUAUGGCCGGUGAAAGACCAGUACUUGCUUCCACAUACAUCAUUUGUUCGAGAUGCUCACACAGCAGGGUUACAAGUGUAUGGAUCAGGUUUUGCAAAUGAUUUUGAUAUAGCGUACAACUACAGUUAUGAUCCGUUAACUGAGUACUUAUCAUUCAUGGACAACGGGGACUUCUCUGUGGAUGGUUUUCUAUCUGAUUUUCCCUUAACCGCAUCGUCAGCUAUUGACUGUUUCUCCCAUCUUGGAAGUAAUGCUUCAACACAAGUGGAUUUUCUUGUUAUAUCGAAAAAUGGAGCAAAUGGUGACUACCCUGGCAGCACUGACUUGGCCUAUACAAAGGCUAUCAAAGACGGUGCUGAUAUCAUCGAUUGUGCGGUUCAAAUGUCAUCAGACGGGAUCCCCUUUUGCUUAAACUCAACCAAUCUUGGAGAGAGCAUGAACAUUGUCCAAACUCCUUUCAGAAACCGCUCAACAACUGUUCCUGAGUUUAACUCACUUGCUGGACUAUACAGCUUUAAUUUGGCAUGGUCUGAGAUUCAGACCUUGACACCUGCUAUUUCAAACCCCUACAGCAGGAAUUUUCACAUGUUUAGGAAUCCGAGGGAGAGAAGUUCAGGGAAGCUUGUUUCACUCUCCGAGUUCCUGAACUUGGCGAAUAACUCCAGCUCACUAGUUGGUGUUUUGAUCAACGUUGAGCAUGCAGCAUACCUGAGAGAGAAGCAAGGACUCGACGUUGUUAAAGCAGUUCUAGACACACUCAAAGAAUCUGGUUACAGCAACGCGACCAAAAGGGUUAUGAUUCAGUCAUCUAACAGCUCAGUCUUGGUCGACAUCAAGAAACAGAGCCGGUACGAGACAGUGUACCAAGUGGAAGAAACAAUCCGCGACAUCCAAGACUCUGCGAUCCAAGACAUCAAGAAGUUCGCUGACGCUGUUGUCGUCGGAAGAUUUUCGCUCUACCCGAUCAGCGCUAGCUUCAUCACCGGUCAGACUAAUCUAGUGGAGAGGCUACAGAAGUUUAAGCUUCCGGUUUACGUUGAAACGUUCCGGAACGAGUUUGUCUCUCAGGCGUAUGACUUCUUAUCUGAUGCGACUGUGGAGAUAAACACGCAUGUUACUGGAGCUGGUGUCAGUGGAACCAUCACUGAGUUCCCUCUCACUGCCGCCAGAUACAAAAGGAACAGGUGCGUGGCCCGCAAAGACACGCCUGUUUACAUGAUCCCGGUUCGGCCAGCUGGCCUGUUAGAAAUCGUGAGUCCUACUUUUUUACCUCCAGCUGAAGCACCAAACCCGGUUAUCACAGAUGCUGAUGUCACUGAACCACCACUUCCUCCGGUCACAGCCAAAGCUCCAACCACCAGCCCUGGACCCUUACCAACUGAUAAAAAAGCUCCUAACGGACAAACACGAGUCACUCUAUCUGUUUUUCUUUCUGCAUUCGAUGUGGUUCUUGCCUCUCUUCUACUUCUGUGAUCACUAUUGACUGAAGUCCUCAGAAACUUGUUACCUCCUAACGGCUCUUGAGAUUCUUGAUUUCUAUUGGGGUUUUUGUUUGUUCAUAUUCUUAUAGUUAUCAUGGGGAUUUGUUAUUGUAGCAUUAUUUAUUGUAAUGUUAAGACUCUUGUGUGCUUUGUAGUAUUUAUGAGACUAACAUUAUUGCUUGAUUAAACAAAUUUAGUCGCAUUUAGAUUUA